GGCUACUUGUAUGUAAUCUCCACGCAUUCCAAUGGCGGCUGCCUCCCACAAUUCGGUGGUCACUCGUCAGUCGUGUCGUCUGCUCACGCUCGCCAAGAAAGAUUGGCCAUGGAGAAGCCGGCGGCGAGCGUGGAGGAGCCGCUGCUUGUUGGCGCUGGCGAGAAGAAGGGCGAGAGCGCGGCCGCGGCGGAGCUGAAGCGGCUGCUCCGGCUGGCGGGGCCGCUGGUGGCGAGCGGCGUGCUGCGGAACGUGGUGCAGAUGGUGUCCGUCAUGUUCGUCGGCCACCUCGGCGAGCUCCCCCUCGCCGGCGCCUCCCUCGCCACCUCCCUCGCCAACGUCACCGGCUUCAGCCUGCUCUUCGGCAUGGCGAGCGCGCUGGACACGCUGUGCGGGCAGGCGUACGGCGCGCGCCAGCACCACCUCCUCGGCGUCUACAAGCAGCGCGCCAUGCUGGUGCUCGCCGUGGCCGCCGUGCCCAUCGCGCUCGUCUGGGCCAGCGCCGGCGAGAUCCUCCUCCUGUUCGGCCAGGACCCGGCCAUCGCCGCCGAGGCCGGCGCGUACGCGCGGUGGCUGAUCCCGUCGCUCGUCCCGUUCGUGCCGCUGGUGUGCCACAUCCGGUUCCUGCAGGCGCAGAGCGCCGUGCUGCCGGUGAUGGCGAGCUGCGGCGUCACGGCGGCGAGCCACGUGGCCGUGUGCUGGGCGCUGGUGCGCAAGGCCGGCAUGGGCAGCAGGGGCGCCGCGCUGGCGAACGCCGUCUCCUAUGGCGUCAACCUCACCAUAAUGUCUCUCUAUGUCAGGCUGUCGCGCUCCUGCGAGAAGACAUGGACUGGCUUCUCCAUGGAGGCCUUCAGGGAGCUCCGCCAGUAUGCGGAGCUCGCCAUCCCCGCGGCAAUGAUGGUCUGUUUGGAGUGGUGGUCAUUUGAAUUUCUUGUGAUGCUCUCUGGUCUUCUGCCCAAUCCUAAACUUGAAACCUCAGUGUUGUCGAUAUGUCUCAACACUGGUGCUCUGCUGGUCAUGGUUCCAAUUGGUCUCAGCACAGCUAUAAGCACGCGUGUUUGGAACGAACUAGGUGCCGGCAAUCCCCAGGCAGCGAAGCUGGCAACUCGAGUGGUCAUAUGUAUGGCCAUGACCGAAGGCUCGGUGGUUGCGUUUACGAUGAUUCUGUUGCGCAAUUCCUGGGGUCACAUGUACAGUGAUGAGGCUGAAGUUGUCACCUACAUUGCUCGUAUGAUACCUGUUCUAGCCAUAUCAUUCUUCAUUGAUGGGAUGCACAGCGCUCUUUCAGGAGUGCUCACUGGAUGUGGCAAGCAGAAGAUCGGCGCACGGGUAAAUCUUGGCGCAUUUUACUUGGCAGGCAUUCCUAUGGCCGUCUUUCUUGCAUUUGUGCUACAUCUGAAUGGAAUGGGCCUUUGGCUUGGCAUCGUUUGCGGGAGCCUCAGCAAGCUUAUCUUGCUCUUUUGGAUCACAAUGAGUAUAAACUGGGAGAAGGAAGUAAGUUAUCUGAGGAUGCCUACCAUUUUAUAUCAGGUCAACCAGGGCGAAAGAAUUGGUGUUCAGUUCAUCUCUUCCUGUAGCAUGAAGAAAAACAAUGCAUCAGAAUUUCAUGAUAUGGUGCAAUUGUUAUUGUGAAAGCAACACAGAACCAAAUGUUAUGAAGCUCGCCUUUCAUCUUUAAGCACCCAGUUUAUUAACAUUUGUAACAUGAAUUUUUGUUCUUGUGAUAACACCUAUUUAAUAUUUUUUUUCUUGUUCAGAUUGUACUCUGUAAACUAAGGAUAUAUCUUAUAUGCAUCGAUUAAUU